AUGGACGUGGACGUGGACGUGGAUGUGGACGUGGACGUGGAUGUGGACGUGGACGUGGACGUGGACGUGGACGUGGACAUGGACAUGGACGUGGACGUGGACGUGGACGUGGACAUGGACGUGGACGUGGACGUGGACAUGGACGUGGACGUGGACGUGGACAUGGACGUGGACGUGGACGUGGACGUGGACGUGGACAUGGACGUGGACAUGGAAGUGGACGUGGACGUGGACGUGGAUAUGGACGUGGACGUGGACAUGGACGUGGACGUGGACGUGGACGUGGACCUGGACGUGGACAUGGACGUGGACGUGGACGUGGACGUGGACGUGGAAAUGGACGUGGACGUGGACAUGGACGUGGACGUGGACGUGGACAUGGUCGUGGACUUGGACCUGGACGUGGACGUGGACAUGGACGUGGACAUGGUGAUGGACGUGGACGUGGACGUGGACGUGGAGGUGGACAUGGACGUGGACGUGGUCGUGGACGUGGACGUGGACAUGGUCGUGGACAUGGACGUGGAAGUGGACGUGGUCGUGGUCGUGAACAUGGACGUGGAAGUGGACAUGGACGUGGACGUGGACGUGGACGUCGACGUGGACAUGGACGUGGACGUGGAUGGUUUAGGGACGACCCUGGACAUGGACCUGGACAUGGACGUGGACAUGGACGUGGACGUGGACAUGGACGUGGACAUGGACGUGGACGUGGACGUGGACAUGGACGUGGACGUGGACGUGGACGUGGAUGUCGACAUGGACAUGGACAUGGAUGUGGACGUGGACGUGGACAUGGACAUGGACAUGGACAUGGACGUGGACGUGGACGUGGACAUGCACGUGGACGUGGACAUGCACGUGGACGUGGACGUGGACGUGGACGUGGACCUAAACCCUAAACCCUAA